AUGGCGAUGUGAGGCGGCGCGGAGCCAUGUCGGGGUGCGCGUGGGGCGCGGCGCCGCCGCUGCUGGAGGCGCUGGGCCGGCUGUGGGAGGUGCAGGCGCCGCUGGGCAGCGGCUCCUCGGCCUCGGUGUACCGGGUGCGCUGCUGCGGGGACCCGCGGGCCCCCCCCGGCGCCGUCAAGGAGUUCGUGCCGCCCCCGGGGCCGCGGCCCGGCCCCGCUCGCCGCCCCGGCGCCCGCCCGCCCGCCGCCGACUGCGCCGAGUACGGGUUCCGCAAGGAGCGCGCCGCGCUCGAGCAGCUCCGCGGGCACCGCAACAUCGUGACUCUGUACGGCGUGUUCACCAACCACUACUCUGCCAACGGCCCGUCUCGCUGCCUGCUGCUGGAGCUGCUGGACAUCAGUGUGUCCGAGCUGCUGCUGCACUCCAGCAACCAGGGCUGCUCCAUGUGGAUGAUCCAGCACUGCGCCCGAGAUGUUCUGGAGGCCCUGGCUUUCCUGCACCACAAAGGCUACGUGCACGCAGACCUCAAGCCACGCAACAUCCUGUGGAGCGCAGAGGAGGAGUGCUUUAAGCUCAUUGACUUUGGACUUAGCUUCAAAGAGGGGAAUCAGGAUGUGAAAUAUAUUCAAACAGACGGGUAUCGGGCUCCAGAGGCAGAACUGCAGAACUGCCUGGCACAGGCAGGGCUCCAGAGUGAGACAGAAUGUACCUCUGCUGUGGAUCUGUGGAGUCUGGGAAUUGUUUUACUGGAAAUGUUCUCAGGAAUGAAACUGAAACAUACAGUCCAAUCUCAGGAAUGGAAGACAAACAGUUCUGCCAUCAUUGAUCGUAUAUUUGCCAGUGAAGGGGUGGUUAAUUCAGCCAUUCCAGCUUAUCACCUCAGAGACCUUAUCAAAAGCAUGCUUCAUUGUGACCAAGGCAAGCGAGCCUCCGCUGAGAAGGCUUUAUGCAGCCCGUUCUUCAGCAUUCCCUUUGCUCCCCAUAUCGAAGAUUUGGUGAUGCUCCCCACGCCUGUGCUGAGGCUGCUAAAUGUUCUAAGUGAUGCUUCUCUGCAGUGCGAAGAAGAAUAUGAAGAUAUCCUGGAAGACAUAAGGGAGGAGUGUCAGAAGUAUGGACCGGUGGUUUCCUUGCUUAUUCCAAAGGAGAAUCCUGGUAAAGGCCAAGUCUUUGUUGAAUAUGCAAAUGCUGGUGAUUCCAAAGCUGCCCAAAAAAUGCUGACUGGAAAGAUUUUUGAUGGCAAGUUUGUUGUGGCUACGUUUUACCCACUGAGUGCCUAUAAGAGAGGAUAUCUGUACCAAAACUUGCUGUAGGCAGUAGCAACAAUCAGGAGAGUUGUCUUGCUCCUCUUCCUCACAUGUUUUAAAGUUGAAUGUGCAAAAGAUCUUCCUAGCCCUGCUUUCGAGUCAUCUGUGAAGGAGAGAUGCGAAGGACUUGAAUGGGCUUUGAAACCUUUACUGCUGCUUUGUGAUGUGCCGAGGAGGCCGGGAUGGCUUUCAGCGUGUGCCUGUGUGUGUGUUGUGCUUGCUCAUGUGCAGGGGGCGUGUGGCUCUGCCCUGGUGGGCGCUCGCGUGGCAGGAGCGGUGACGGUGGGAGCCCGGCAGGCCGAGCAGACCUUGGCAAGCUCUCUUCAGUGAUUUGCAGUGAGAUCAAAGUCUUGGCCUUAGCACUGGACUUGGCUCUAGGGAGAGAGUUUCUCUGUUAAGCUUUCCUAUAACUCCAGUGCUGGGGAGGAAGAAGAGGAGGAAGGCUUCCCCGCUUUUUGUUGAUAUCUAUAAUAAAUAAAGAAGCAAAAACAGCAUCCUCUCUAAAGCAGACCAGGAGGACUUUUGAGUCCUCUCAUCACAUAGAGCAGAGGGAGGCUGUGAAAUUGGAUCUGCUGAGCCUAUGGGGUUGCCCUGUCACCGUGAGCCAAGCAGAGUCAUCCAGCUGACCUGGCACAGACAUCUGUGCUGAGGCAAUGAGAGGUGGGUGACAAUGCCUGUGGGGAGCUGAGCUUGCUUGUAUGCCUGGGGUGGGCUGGGACUGGUGGUGGAUAGCAGGUCAGAGCAGUGGCAGCCUCAGUCCCCACACAACCUGUAAGCACUUUGUAGCCUGAGGUGAUGUGAAAACCCUGCCAUGUGGAGUCAUCUUUCUAGCACAUACCCUGUGCUGGCACUGAUGCUCCCUAGCUCUGAUGCCAAAUCAUCUGUAAUAUGUAAGCAUCUUUAGGUGAUGUUUUUGGAAAGGAGUGCUACAGCACGCAGUAUUCUUUGUCUCAGCAGGACUCCUGCCCUGCGAGUCUUAUAAGAACAAAUAUUUGUCUGUUGUAGGUCCCAUGCUUGGCUUUUCUGUGAUGUGCGUUUUGGUUUUGCAUUAACCCAUUAGACUUGUAGAUUAGAAGCACUGACACUUUUGGUCCUUCAUAGGUUACACAAAGGGCCUGAGGCAAUCUGAGAUCCUGUAUGGAAAGGGCUUAAUCAGUCAUCAGACUUGACUGGCCAGGAGAAGGUCUUUCCCACUGUCAGGGACAACAGCCAUGUGCUUUUGGGGAAAAAGCACUGGGCCAGGAGCAUCGCUGCUCCCCCCAGAGCACGCUUUGGUCAUGUGGCUGCAGUGCUCAGGCAGACACUGCACAGCUGCUGGUGUGGGGUUGGCAGUGACUUGUUUCCCAGGGGUGUCCAAACCUGUAACCCAGCAGAGCCUUUCCCUGCAGGGUAGGCACUUUGCUCCUGAUGAGCACAGGGUGAAACAGCCCUGCUUAGAGGGUGACCAGCUUGUGGCUGGUGGUGGCUUGUGACCCUGGUACCAGUUUUAGUGAGGAGGAGAGCCCUCCUGAAUUCUUUUCUCCAGCUGAAAUACUUGUGGGCAGCUGCCUGAACCAUCCCUGACCUUCCCUGGAAUAAUACCUGAAUUACCUUGCAGUUUACUGUUUGCAUCUUGCAGAUGCUGGACUUGCUGGAAUUCUGCACUUAAAAGUUCCUGUUGAUUUUUUGCCCUGUGUGUGGUGUGUCAGAAGAUCUAAUGUCUGUAGCAUUUCACAAGUCUGAGUUCCUCUCUGUGCUGGUGUGUAGUCCUGUCUACUGUGGCCCUUCCCAAACUCCCCCUGAAAGGACCAAUCUCUGAAUUCUUCUAUUGCCUUUGAGAUGGUGGGCUUGCCAGGGAAAAAAAAAAAUGCCACAAUGAGUUUUAAGGUGUGAUUUGCUGAUCACAUUUCUCUGGGAAUGAUGCUAUUUUGGUGUACAUAGCUGUUAACCAGCUUUGGGGUGUGUGAUUCAUUGCUUUUAAUUUAACUGUCCUUGCAGUGAAGCACCUUUUAGUGUCUGGGAGGAACUGGAUG